CCUUAAGGCCAUCCGAGUCUUGUCAUCCCGGUAUCUUCAGCCUUAUUUCACAGCCCACCUGACCAGCUGUCCUCGCUUGUUCUCUCCCCCCAACUACCUGCCGAUUCAUCGCUUUUUCCCUCUUAAACAAAUAACCCCCAUUAUACAAGUACAUGGUACUGCAGAUGGACAAAGUGGGGGGCGAAAAUCUUUAUAUUAGCGGAAUGUACGCCUUGCGUGGGCGUGAAGCUCUCAAGAAAGCGGGGAUUACCCAUGUUGUUUCCGUCUUGCGGUUGCCGUUGGAUAAAGAAUUAUUCGUUCAAUACCAGCACAAGAUCAUCGAAGUGGACGAUACCGAAGCUGAAAACAUGCUGGAGCACUUCGCAGAUAGUUACAAAUUCAUCUCCGAUGCAUUGAAAGGCGGGGGCGCUGUCCUCAUUCACUGUGCAAUGGGCAAGUCACGGUCAGCGACAGUACUCACGGCUUACUUAAUGGCAUCACGCUGCCUUGCGCCACAUCUUGCUCUUGGUAUCGUAAGGCGAGUUCGGCCUUUCGUCGAGCCUAAUUCGGGCUUUAUGCAACAACUGGAACUCUACUAUCAGAUGGAAUUUGCUGAAAAUGUUGAGGAUCACCCCAUCUACCAACGUUGGAUCUAUCUGCGGGAUGUAGAGAUGAGCAAUGCAGCCGGCCGUGCUCCGGAGAGAAUCCACUUCCGGGAUGCUGAGGCCGAUACCGGGAGAAUAACCAGAGUUAAGGAAGGUGAAACCCCCGAAGAGAAAGGUGAGGUGCAGCUAAGGUGCAAGAAGUGUCGGACCGUUCUAGCAUACUCUGCCUCCUUCACACCUCAUAUGCCUAAACCUGCGCAGCCACCUUACAGUGAGACACCCCUGCAGCCUUGCGCACACCAUUUCGUUGAGCCUCUUCUUUGGAUGAAAACGGAGCUUUCGAAGGGCGAAGUUUCCGGAAAGUUGGAGUGCCCAAAAUGCAACUCAAAGGUGGGGACAUACGCAUGGCAAGGCUUGAAGUGUUCUUGCGGGGACUGGGUCGUCCCCGGCAUCAGUAUAGCUAGAGGGAAGGUCGACGAGAUCAGCUUAAAGCUAUGAAUGGGCCAUUUAGGGGAAAAAUUAUUUUGAACUUUAACAUCCCCAAUGUUUUCCGAUUUUUCCUUUUGUCGAAGAUGACAACACAUUAGGGUAUAUAAGCGUUACCCCUUUGCUACGGAUAUAUGGCAGUUCUUGA